AUGCUUCGGUUCCUUGUUUUAGUCGUUGCCUCGCUAUGCAUAUGCUUGUAUGCCUUGCCUGUCGAGUCUCUCAAACGACAGACACCCUCAGCAGUUCCCCAAUAUGUGCUUGACUACGCACCAUUGGUCUGGCUAGAUCUUGAAGAACAAUUCUUCCCCUCAGACAUCGCGAACCAGCUCCUCAACACUCAUCCCCAGAGCAGUUCCAGCUCCGAUGAUGUCGGCGCAGCACCUAAUCCACUGAACCUAGAGAACUUGGACCAGCUAAACCGCCUAGGAGAUGACAACGUCUACCUCACCGCCAACGACGAUUGGACCCAAACACCAGAAUGGACACGCGGAGUUAGACCUGACGGCUCUGGCAAAACUUCAGGAGCUGUCACUUGUGCCAUGCUAACUCACAACAAAGACAACACCACUCUAGACGCUUUCUAUUUCUAUUUCUUCGCCUACAACCAAGGCAACACUGUUCUCGAUCAGGAACUAGGCGACCAUCUCGGUGACUGGGAACACGUCAUGGUCCGCUUCGACAUUUCAACCGGCACACCGCAAGCAGUAUGGCUAGCCCAGCACUCGGCCGGCAACGCCUUUGAGUAUGCCGCGCUUGAAAAGCAAGGCGAUCGUGCAGUGGUCUAUUCAGCAAGAGGCUCGCACGCGACCUAUGCCACGUCCGGCAGCCACGAUCACACUAUCCCAGGCCUACCUCUUGAAUUUGGUUUUCUACAAGACUACACCGGCCAAGGCACGCUCUGGGACCCCGUUCAAAGUGCAUAUUUCUACUCCGUGUCUUUUCCUGAAGUAACAGCGCCUGGAGAUGCAUCGAAUCCAAGCUUCACAGCUUACGAUGACUCCCCCACAAAUUGGCUGUAUUUCCUCGGCCACUGGGGUAACGCACAAUUAAGUGACGAUGACACCAGGCAGCAGGACUUUUUCGGCCAGAAGAAGUACACAGGUGGUCCGACGGGGCCUCGCGACAAGCAGAUUAAUCGAGACAGCGUCUGUGGGGAGUUCCUGCCUGUCUGUGUUGUCAACAUACUCCUGCCGCCAGGUUCGAAAUGA